UAAUGGUUUUCCUAAUGGUUUGUACACACAGUGUAGUUUCUACCCUGUCAUUCAGUGUACUUUCUACCCUGUCAUUCAGUGUACUUUCUACCCUGUCAUUCCAUGUAGAGUCUACCCUGUCAUUCCAUGUAGUCUACCCUGUCAUUCAGUGUACUUUCUACCCUGUCAUUCAGUAUACUUUCUACCCUGUCAUUCAGUGUACUUUCUACCCUGUCAUUCCAUGUAGUCUACCCUGUCAUUCAGUGUACUGUCUACCCUGUCAUUCAGUGUACUGUCUACCCUGUCAUUCAGUGUACUGUCUACCCUGUCAUUCAGUGUACUUUCUACCCUGUCAUUCAGUGUACUUUCUACCCUGUCAUUCAGUGUACUUUCUACCCUGUCAUUCAGUGUACUUUCUACCCUGUCAUUCAGUGUACUUUCUACCCUGUCAUUCCAUGUAGAGUCUACCCUGUCAUUCCAUGUAGAGUCUACCCUGUCAUUCAGUGUACUUUCUACCCUGUCAUUCCAUGUAGUCUACCCUGUCAUUCAGUGUACUUUCUACCCUAUCAUUCAGUGUACUUUCUACCCUGUCAUUCAGUGUACUUUCUACCCUGUCAUUCAGUGUACUUUCUACCCUGUCAUUCCAUGUAGUCUACCCUGUCAUUCAGUGUACUGUCUACCCUGUCAUUCAGUGUACUGUCUACCCUGUCAUUCAGUGUACUGUCUACCCUGUCAUUCAGUGUACUUUCUACCCUGUCAUUCAGUGUACUUUCUACCCUGUCAUUCAGUGUACUUUCUACCCUGUCAUUCAGUGUACUUCUACCCUGUCAUUCAGUGUACUUUCUACCCUGUCAUUCAGUGUACUUUCUACCCUGUCAUUCAGUGUACUUUCUACCCUGUCAUUCAGUGUACUUUCUACCCUGUCAUUCAGUGUACUUUCUACCCUGUCAUUCAGUGUACUUUCUACCCUGUCAUGUAACUCUUUUCCCUCCUUCUUCUUCCCUCCCAUGCUGCCAGGACAUUUGUGUACUCUGUGCUGAUGCGGGGACGACCGUUCCCCCUCCGUGUGAUGAUAGAGGCGGGGGUGUUCUGCAGUCUGAACGGGUUCACACAGAGUCACUACCUGGUCCAUUGUGCCCACUACCACCCCACAUGGACCUCUGACACACGCUUCCUCAUUGGUUCAACGCUGUUUCUCCUGGGAAUGGCUAUCAACGUCCACAGUGACUAUCUUCUACGGAACCUGAGACAGCCAGGAGAAGUCGUCUACAAGAUCCCUAAAGGGGGUCUGUUUCGAUACGUGUCGGGGGCCAACUACUUUGGUGAAAUUGUGGAGUGGUUUGGCUACGCCAUGGCAACCUGGUCGCUGACUACCUUCUCCUUCGCCUUCUGCAGUAUGUGCUUUAUUGGACGACGGGCAGUCCACCAUCACAGGUACUACCGUGAGACAUUCCAUGACUACCCCAGGUCACGGAGAGCUCUGAUUCCAUUCAUCUUCUAAAGAACAGAUGAAGCUCCUGCAUUCCAACCAUAGGACUGGGAGACCCCAAACAAGCUCUUUAGAUCGGGCUUGCAUUCCAAACAGCAUCCUAUUCCCUAUAUGGUCCUCUGUUCAAACGUAGUGCAUUACUUUAUGUUGGGAAUAGUGUGCCAUUUGGGACAAAGUCCAGAUAUGAUCAGAUGACCUGCAUAUAGACAGUAGAGAUCUACCUAGAUAUCUACAUAUA